AUGUUCCUGCCAAUUUAUUUAGGCCUAGUCGUUCUCGGAAGUUUUGUAUCAGCACAACCUGUUCAAAAUGGAAAAGACAUAGAAUACAUGUGUUUGGAUAGUAAUUUUGAAGCGUUCAGUAACAAGAAAAUUAAGCCGCAUGAAUGGACACCAUGUGGCAGUAAUGCAGACAUGAUGGAUCUACAUCCUUCAUAUCUCCGGUUUUCGUCAUCUGGUACAGCAGAUCAGCCUACUGCAUUCGCACCUAUCGACAUUUCAUUCAAGUGCUAUCAUGCACCGAGAAAUGUGUGCGAAAAGGCAGAAAGAGCAUUCAAAAAAGCAGCAGACGUGAUUUCCAGCGUGAUUCUGUUUCGAGAGCCCAUUAAAGUCAAUGCGACCCUGAUAUCGUUCUGCCAAAUGGGCAAUGAAUGCGGUAAAAAUAUGAUGACAUUGGGAGGAUCAUCACCAGCACGCGCAAUGCCAUUACUGAAUGACGAUGGAUUAUUGCGUCUGCACCCACAGGCUCUUGUCAAACAGUAUAUGCUACAAGACCACCCAAAAUUUGCAGAGUAUGAUAUUCUCAGCGUAUUCAAUGCGGAUGCUCCAUUUUGGUUUGAGGAGGACGGACUACCCAUUGACUCGAAUCAAGCAGACUUUUCGUUCGUGAUACUGCACGAGUUUAUGCAUGGCUUAGGCUUCUACUCGGGCUGGAAUGAGUACAUUUCUAGCAAAGCGUUGACACCAGAUCCAUCACCGUUCAUGGCAAAUCAGCUCAUACGAAUGAUAAGCCCUACAUCUACUAACGGAUUGCACUCGACACAAUUCUUAGAGAGUGCCAUGGACCGACUAAUGGUAGUGCUGGAUUACGACAGCAACAGUAUGACUAUACGCUCUUCCAUUUCAGUGUCAAAUUACACUAGCCAGCUCAACAGAAUACACGCUACAUCUAUUUCUGAUCUGACCACAUCACCUGGAUUUGCGGCAGCAAAGGAGAUGGGCUAUCUCGCUACAAAAGCAGGUUCACUCGGGCUAGACGUCUUCUCUGACUUGGGUCCCAUUGUAUUAGAAACAGGUCUGCAACCAUUUCAGCCUGGAUCCUCGGUAUCACAUGUUGAUUAUGCAACGUACACCAAAUCGCCCGACUUUUUGAUGCGAUUCAUGCAAGACCGUGGGUUAACAUUGGCAGAAGCGAUCAAACAAGGUGGUGGUGAUGGGCCCAUUGGACCAUUGUUAUUGAGCGUGUUUGAGGAGCUAGGCUAUUCCACUGUCCAUCAUCCUAAUAGAGCUCCGCCUUUACUGAUCUAUCAACAACAAGGCAUGACGGAAAUGGUCAUGAACGAGCUGCAGUCUUCCAAUCAUCAUGGUCUUCGUAGAAAGCACCAGCAUCAGCACAACUCUGUCAACGUUACUAGUAAAGAUGAACAUGCCUAUAUCUCUGCCAGCACGCCGAGUGUUGUGCACCACUAUUUUGGUUUGUACUUUACUAUUUCAUGUAUCAUCAUCUAUUACCUGUAA